UAUCGGUGGCGUGUCUUUUUCGAUUUUUCCCAUGUCAACGCCUUCCACUGUCCCAUCUUCAUCGUCGAAGGAGAAGAAAAAUUCCGGCAGUAGAGAUUCAGGCGAAAAGCGGCGGAAGAGAGUAACUGAACCGCGGGAAGAUCUGCGUGCAGUAGCGCCUAAGAACCAACAGCUGUUCAAACGAUUGUUCUCAGAAGAAGACGAAAUCAAACUCCUGAAUGCCUUCCUCGACAUCAGCAAAACCGCCCACGCCUCGCCUUCGCCUGCCAACACCGCUGCUCAGAUCUUCGACAAAGUCGGGGACUCUUUCAGAGGUCUAUUCACAAACAAGCAAUUGACCGAUAAACUCAGUAAGCUGCGACGCAAGUAUGCCAAACAAAUCAACAACGACAAGACCCCUAAAACUACCCACGAUUGGGAGGUCUUCCAUCUAUCCCAAAAGAUAUGGGGCAACGGAGAUGAGGAAUCUGCACACCGCAGCGAUUCCAGCGCUUCUCCUGCUAAAGAUCCCCUGAUCGCCGUUAAGGAGAAAAGGAAAGUGAAAACCGGAGGAUCUCAAGCUUCGCCCAUCGAAAAUAGACAAGGGGAAACGCAGGUCCACCAUACCUCGGAGACUGGGAAAGCGAAAAUGACGGCUAAUGCUUCACCCGCUGAAAAUGGAGGAGAAACUAUUACUGUUGCUGUUGCUGUUGCUGUUGCUGGGUUGGCCUUGGAGAAUUUUCCCUUCUUAAUGCAAGAAGUAUCUCGUUUACCCUGGGAUGCGGUCCUCAGGGAGGGGCUACGCUCUCUGGACGGCUCGGUUUUGAGACGUUUGAAUGAGGAGUGGCGGUUGCAGCAUAUUGCAGAGGUAAAGGUUAUGGAAGAGCGAGCUAAGUUGGUGCAGGAGCAAACUAAGUUGAUUUUGGAUGCGAUUGACUCCUCACUUCACGAUUGAGCGAAUUAUGGCAGUAGUCUGAAAAUUCCCA